GUAAGAAAUAACAUCCGGGAAUCAGUGUUAUGGCGGCCGUGAGGGAGGGAGAAUAUGACGCAGAAACUACCCACUUACCUGUUACUAAUGGAAAAUGUGUAGGGGAUGAGGUGAAGGAGGAACAAGAGAGCCAGGUAGAGCAAGUUGAGAGCCUCGUCCAGGGGAGAGAUAAGGGGAGCUUCAGGAAUUUUCCAGGAUUUCUGGACAUGUCGUCGCCAGCUUCUCCAUCUUCGUUGGGAAAAAUGGAUUCAAAGUAUUCACCAGAACCGCCUUUAUGCAGUGCAGAGUCAGGUCCAUUAGACACAAGUGAUCACCACCACCAUCACCACCAUCACCACCACAGGGAUCAUCACCACCACCAUCACCAUAAGAAAAAGAAGCACAGGGAAAGAGACAGAGACCGGGCCCACCAUAAGAAACACCGGCACAGGGAUAAAGAUCGCAGUGGAGAAGCUCGUAUCAGAUGGAGAAGUGAAAAUGGAAGCAGUGGCAGUGGAACACCAGAGCACGAUGCUUCAGAGGAGAGGAGCUACACUCCCCCUGUUCACCAAGACACAAGAGUAUUAUCAAGAAGAUGUCGAGGAUCCUCUGAAGAUGGCGACUCCUCACGAUCACUGUCUCUUACUCCUCCAAGAUGUCCCACUUCACCACACACACGUAAUAACAUACAUGAUAGAAACAAUCAGCAAAGCCAUCCGGAUUCCUCCAGGGUACCUCUGUUGCCGCAUGGAUUGGAGAAUUCUUCACCUUCAACAUCUUCACCAAGCCCUCCUAUUCUGCCUACCUCAUCAGCUACUCCACUUCCAAGACCACCUGGAACCCCUCCAAUGUCAAGAUCAAGUUGUAUUCCUCCAAGAUCCCCAGGCUCUUCUUCCCCACACGAGUCCCCAGGAACUCCAUCCAUAACAUAUCCUUCCUUACCCUUUCCUUUCUCAGUGCAAGCUGAAAACUCUGCUACUCCUAGAAUAUGUCCCACUUCACCAUCAUCCUUCCCUCCAAGACCUCACGAAACCUCCAUACCUGUUACUCCAACUCGAUCAAUAUCACCUGAAUCUCCGUGGUCCCUCAGAUCACCAGGAACACCUCCACCACCUCCAAGAUCACCAGAUAUUCCUCCACCUCCUCCAAGGACUCCUGAAACUCCUCCCCUUCCUCCUGGCUCUCCUGAAAGUCCACCACCACCACCUGUAUCAAAAGAAAUUUCCCAUAGAUUAGAAGGAACUAUUACUAAUUCAUAUAGUUGUGAAGAAAGAGGUUUAGGAACUUUAGACAAUCCCCCUCCUCCCCCUCCUCCCCCUAUGUCUCCUGGUACACCACCACCCCUUCCAUUACCUUCAGACACCCCACCUCCACCUCCUAUGUCACCAGGAACCCCUCCACCACCUAACAUGUCUCCUCAGAGCCCCCCUAAUCGAAAUUCAUUGAAAAAUUCACCACCUUCGUUUAAAAAUCUCCCAUCAUUGUCACCAAGAGCAUUUUCACCAUCACAUCUAGAAUCUCAUGAAAACUGUGCCAAUCCUGUCUUAAAUUCAGAGUCAUGCCUUAAGGAUAGUAUGCUUCAGGAGGACAAUCUAGAAAGAGAUACACCAUCACCAUUACCUGAUUGUACUUUUGAAUGUCCUAAAUCUCCUUCACCCCAGUUUGGUUCUCCAUCAUCUUCACGUUCUCCCUCUCCAUCACCAAUUCCAGCUACAAGACCGAGGAGUCCCCUCCCAUCUGUAGUAAACAUGUCACAAUCCCUAAGAGUAGUUGCUCCUCCAAGUCCUUCUCUUGUUCCAUUAAAAACAGAAAUUCUAUCACCUAGGGUGCCUAUACCUGACAUUCUUUCGCCAACUAACUCUGUUAAAACAGACAUAAUGUCCCCACCCCACCAGAGUCCACGUCAAGGGAUUCUUUCCCCAACACAUCCAACUAGACCCAAGCUGAUAUCACCUGUUUCUUCGUGUCCAAAAUCACCAAAAGUCAGAAGUCCACCAAGAACACGUCCAAGAAGUCCAAUGGAUUUACCUGUUCCUAAAUGGAAGCCUGAUCCAGUAAUUAGACAGAAAAGGUCAUCUGAGUCAAGAACAUCAAUUUCUUCUAUUUCUUCUAUGUCAUCUGUUACUGAAGUUAUUGUCCCAGUGACUCCAAGACCAGUUACAAUUCCUCCCACAGCAGAGAAGCUACGAAGAUUCAGUGAAGAGGAGGGCCAUGAGUUGAGGGAAAGAUCUGCUAGUGGAGAGGGACAUGAUACUGCAGAGAGUGGCUUUGAUGAGGGAAGUGAUCUAUCUCCUGACCACAAGCCAGAAGCUACUCUCAAGGGAGAACCCCUUGAUGUUGACUCUAGAUCUCAAGAUAUAAUAGAAGGGGAAGGAGGGAAAGUGGAGGAUUCUGUGAAUGUAAAAACUGAAAUUAUGCCAAAGCUUGACUUUAAAAGUGAAGUAUUGGAUGAGCUUUGUAAAUUUGCUGAAGAAGGUGAUACAACAAUUUACACAGGACCACAAGGAAAGACAGUUAAAACAGAGGAUGAACAAGAACCCCCAAAGGAUGAAGAUCAAGUACCAGUAAUUACAAAGGGAGAGUCGUAUAUUAAAACAACUACGUUGAGAAAACCUCCAACUUCAUCCAAGAAAACGGAAUUGCCAAAGAGUUUAGAUCGAUCAACAACGCCAAAGAAAGAGGAAGCUGAAUCCCCUGUGAAUUUUCCUAGUCUAGCAAGUGUCAAGGAGGAUGCUAAUAAUAUGCCAAAGAGAACAUUAGGUUUUUUGAGAGAAAAAGAUAGCAAAGUGGAAGACAAAGUGUUGACACCUGUAGAUGCGGUAAAACUUCCAGUGAAUGGGACCAAAGUGUCAGAUUUGUUGAGCAAAAAUAAAAUACCUGAGGUUUCUCAUUCAAAAACUAAUUUAGAAAAAAAUACAGAGAUAGUUAGCUCUAAUGAAAAAGUUGAAAAGAACGCUGGAAAAGAUUUGGAAAAAACAAAGAGCUUGAGUGAGCCUACACACAGACACAAAUCAACUUCUGGAACUUCUAGUAGUAAGAAAUAUGAUUGUGCAAAGUGUCACAAGCGCAGCAAAAUUAAACGUUACAAUAUUGGUGUACAGUGCCGACGAGAUAAGACAGACUCCAAGUCUUCACCAAAUUCGUUGUCUGGAUCAGCGCCAUGUGUGAACCAACCAGUUUUUGCAAAAGUGGACUUUGGAAGUAAGCACAUAUCUUUACCCAGACCUCCAUGUAAUGGUAAGCCUGGUUUGGACAAGUACAAAUAUGCCAAUUAUAUGCAUGUGGAAACAUAUCCUAAUGGAGAUGCAACAGUAGUGCAUAUGUACCAAGAGGAAAUUGAGCCUCUUAGUAAGGAAGAGCAAGAAGAGUUAGCAGCUGAGUUUUUAGAGGUUGUGUUUUCUGAAGAUGAUAAUGGGUUUGCCCAUCAUGUUUGUGGUAUUGUCCACAAUGCUGCCAGAUACAUGCCAGACUUUCUAGAUUAUAUGAGUGAGAAACAUCCGAACCUCUUUGUAAAGGCUGGAGUUAUUGGCCACAUUGGAAGAAACUCAGACCUGGAGACAUAUACAAUGGAAAAAUAUAAGGAUGAGGUGUACAGAACAUAUUGUAAUGGCACCUUCCGCACCGGUCCUCUGCAUCAAGUCAGUCUUGUUGGGACAGUACAUGAAGAAGUGGGUGGCUAUUUUCCCCAUUUCCUCAACAUGAUGGAAGAAAAUCCAUUCCUUCGGAGGGCGAUGCCUUGGGGUCCUAUGUCUAUAAUAAAUAUGAGUUCGCCACAGCAGAGUAACGAUGGACCUAUCUUGUGGAUUCGACCUGGAGAACAGCUCAUACCAACAGCUGAACUGGGUAAAUCUCCAGCUAAAAGAAAAAGAACAGGAAUUAAUGAAUUGCAACGGCUUCAGUAUCUACCACGAGCCACUAAUGCCAGGGAAAUGAUGUUUGAAGACCGAACUAAAGCUCAUGCUGACCAUAUAGGAGCUGGACUUGACAGGAAAACUACUGCAGCUGUUGGAGUGUUGAAAGCUGUCCAUUGUAGCCACGAUUACUAUCACAACCGUGUUGUGAAAGAUGUUGUAGCUUUUGAUGCACAUGACUUCCACGAGAUUGUAGAAAAACUUCAGCUAGACCUUCACGAACCCCCUAUAUCCCAGUGUGUACAAUGGAUAGAAGAUGCAAAACUGAAUCAGAUGCGGCGAGACGGUGUGCGAUUUGCCCGCAUCCAGCUGUGCGAUAAUGAUAUUUACUUCUUGCCUCGGAACAUCAUUCAUCAGUUUCGCACCGUGACUUCAGUUUGUAGUGUUGCAUGGCAUGUUCAGCUGAAGCAGUAUUACCUUCCUAAAACUUCAGAGAAGGAUAAAGAAAAGCUCUCUAAUGAGAAUUCCCCAGUCCUCUCUCCAGUAAAAAUAGACCUCACAGAGAAAAAGGAGAAGUCGUCAUCUGUUUCUUCAACGCCAUCUAAACAUCACAGAAGCCACAAGCAUGACAGAAAGGACAAACAUGAAAAGGAAAGGCACGAGAAGCAUAAACACAAACAUAGGGCCAAAGAUAAAGACAAAGACAAGCACAAAGACAAGGACCAUCAUCGAGGUGAACGGAGGAGUGAACACAAAAGCAAAAAGAGAGAGAAACCAGAGAAGGAUGAAACGGAGAAAGUAAAGAAAAGGCUAAGGUUGGACUCCAGUUCAUCAUUGGACGAGUCAGUUGUGGAAGGUAAGAACGAGAAAGCUAGUUCAGGUGAUAUAGGGGAGCCAGAGGCUAAGAAGCCUAAAGUAGAAGAGAAUGGACCAAUUGAUGAGAGUAAAAUGGAACCUAAAGAUGAGUCAAAGAUUGAACCUAAUGCCGAGUCAAAAUUGCUGCCAGAGGUAGCUGCUUCCCCACAAGAAAAUCAGGUAGAUAUUGAAGAUAAAAAUGUAAAUAAUAUACAAGAAUGUUCUGAGAAUAACAAAAUAAGCCUAGAGGUUGGUCAGUCAAAAAAAGAGAAUGGAAGCCUUGAAAAACCAAUUAGUGGUCCCAAAGUGAAAACCACUGGAGCAAUAAGCAGACCGAAAACUCCCAACAAAGUUGCCGGUGGCCAGCCAGCAUGUGAUGUUCUUGAAACCAUAAUGGCUGGAAUGUCACAGUCAGGAUGCACAAAUAAUGUCUGAGAAAAUGUGUUUUUCGAUACAGAAUUCCUUAAAUUUGUAGAAAACACUUGUGAGCUCGAAUUUUUUUGGAUGAAACUGAAGGAAUAUUAUAAAGACCGAGUUCCAUUAAUAAAUGAUAUGCAUUUAAUGCCUUAGAUACAUCAACAACUAUUUUGUGUGACCUCUUCAUGCUCUUCGUAUAAUAAUUAUUAGAAGAAACACUUCAUUCUUACAAAGGAUCUAAUUCUAAACAUACCCAGGUGAUUUUUAGUUGAAAUUCUUGUGUCCUCUAUAGAUAGAGAUGUAUAUUGCUGUAGAUAUGCUAACUUAUUUAUUCAUAGAUUUGACUAAAGUAGGGUAGAGUUCGGUAAUAAUUAAAUACCAGAAAGCCUUGUAAGUGAAUAUUUUGUGCCAGUUCUCUUCUUCAGUGGUAGCUUGCUUGUGAGAUUUAAAAGGCAUUGAGUAGUUAGCGUAAAGAAAGUGACAAAAUGCCUCGGAGAACUGAAGUUUUAACUGUUACUACAUAAUUGGGUAUUUCAUUUAUAUGCAAAGACAUAAAAGAUAUCUUGCCUGAUUAUUGUGCUUUUAGAGAAUGUGUUACCAGCUGACAUGGAGUAAUAAUAAAUAAUAAUAAUCUGGGGAUGCAUUGGAAUAAUUUUGGGAUGUAUGCUGUAUGAUAGUGUUACUGUAAGGACGGCCUCUGCUUGAAAAGGAUGUGCAAUAUAUAUAGUGUUCCUCAACAUAAUUUUUAAAUAAUUUUUUUUCUUUUAUAAGUGAAGAUAUUGUAUUUGCCACUCAGUUAAGGUAUAUAAUGGUAUAUACUUAUUAGUCAUAAUUGCUGCAGCAAAUACGAUACUCUCCAUACGAUUUAUUUUUCCCGUUCUUAGCCUUUUAAAAUUUACUUAGAAAAUGUUAUAAUUUCAUUGGUUAUGAUUCAAAAUCAAAAUCUUAAAUACUUAUAUAUAGUAUAGUUAAAUAUGUCUAUUCAGUAUCACACACAGAUAGAAAGUUGCUAUUUUUUAGUUUAGGGCAAAUAUCGGUUAUAGUUUUUUUUAGCAUUUUGAUUGUUUUUUAUAUUAGUUAAAAUGAGAUUUAAAAUUUGGCUUGAAGAUGGAGUUAAAGAUCUUCAGAUUUUAUAAAAAGAGAUUCAUUAUCAAGUUUUAAUGAUAAUAAGCAAAGAGAUUUGACCUAUUUAUCCAACACUGGUGAAGCUCUGUUGUGAAUCCCUGGUGGUUAUUUCUCCUUAGUAUUUCAGUGGCUUCUAAAAAAUUACUGCAUGAUAUAUAUGUAAAUAGCAUAGCAUUGGUUGUUAUUGCUAAGUUGGAUUCAGCUUAGAACAUCUGAAAACUUCAUAAGCACAGAUUAUCAUUUUCAUGUCGGUGUAUUGGUAGCUAAUGUUACACGAACUAUUAAAAUUUAUUAUCCCGCUGUUACAGCCCAGUAAUUUAUUGAGUAUUGCUUGUUGAGGAAAAGCCAGGUGAAAUGCAUCAAAUCAUUUACUAGCUUGUCAGUAGUAGCGUUGACUGAGCACCACACAAAUUUUGCGUUACACAGUUUAUGUUCGACAUUUGAUUCAUCACCCUUAUGGUUGCAUUUGAGUAACCAUAUAGUACUUAAGCUAUUAAUAUAGUUAUAAUUUCUUAACUGGUUAUGAGUUGUAUACCGUUUUCACUCAAGGACAUGAACGUAAAGGCUGUGAGUGCCUCGGCGAGAAUGAAUGCUAAGAUUAACACUGCAAUUCACUGUUAGCAUAUCUGGCACCAUUAUUGCUUUCACCCCCCUCCCCCCUCAGUGAAGAUAGCAUAUGUUAGUUUAAGCUGCUGUAUCAGUUUCCAGUGGUGUAUGCGCGCUAGGUUAGUUUUAAAGUUUUCCUGACAGUACAAAAUUACUUGGGGAACACUGAGCAAUGUUGCUGACAAGGUUCCUGUGGCAAAUAUGGUAUUUCACCAAUUUAUGCCAAUUUCUAUGUCGCUUGUCAGCCCAUUUGUAGAGUAUAAUAUUUGGGAAAAUGAUUGAUGUGUUAUCAUACUUGAGAAUAUUGGAAACUGUGAAGAUGUUUAAUGCAAACCCUGAUAAGCAUAGUGUUAUUUUUACAUCACAGAAAUUAUAUAUAGAUACUUUUUUUGUUUGCUUUUUAUAUUGUGAAGUACUGUAAUGUUGAAUGGUCUGAGGAAGGAAACAGUUGUAAUACUAUUUUUAAAGAUAAAUACUGGGAAGAUGGUUAUUGAUGAGGUAUUGUGAAUGCUGGGGAGUUUGGUGGAAAAGAUUAGUCUUAUUGGAACAAGAAAAACUAUUGCUCUUCACUUACGUUGAUAUCAGCACGAGUUGUUUUAAUCAUUUGUUGAUUCUUGUAAAUGUUUCACUAUUUUUGAUUGAUCAAGUGUCAAGCACUGGACAUACUUUAAAGUUUAGGACAUAAUCUGUAUUUUCAGUUUUAUGGCUCGUAAAACAUUAUCCAUUUACAGCUGGAUGUUUUCCGGAUGAAGGUGUAUGCCAACGACAUUGGAGAUAAAUUUUUAUUAAAAAUUUUCUUUUGA